UGUCGCUCCGCUAGCGUGGGCUCCAUUUUCGGGUCAUCGAUCGACUGAGCCUCCACUGACUCACUCAGAUGAAUGCAGCGGGUGUAUGACGUCGGAGUCGGAUACCGAGAUCGAAUCGUGGACACACUGAGAUAGGGAAGCAUCAUUGCCGAUCAGGGUGUGGCGAUCCAUUGGGUACAACCUUUUUUUCGCUUUCCCAUCCACCAAGACCACCAAGAUAAUGUCAGAGCAACCGCACGAUACCACGGCCAAGGGCUCUGGAGCGUUGGCAGGCGUGAGCGCUGCCGUAUCAGGAGCUGGGAAAGCCGUAGCCAAUUCUGCCACAUCAGCGUACAACAAUGCGCCUGACCUUGGCGUCACGAGCACACUGCAAUCUGCCUACGACAAGGCUCCAGAUAUGGGACUGAGUCAACAAGCGCAGAAGCUGUCCAGCGGGGCAGGCGGCCAGGAUGACGGAGCAAAUGGACAAGCCGAGGCAAGUGGUGGUAACGCUGGUCAGGCUGGCGAAAGCGCACCUCACCAUGACGACAAUGCAGAAUACGGGGUGAGUUUAUGCUGGGCUGGUAGCGUAUCCGUACCGACUCGACUUCCAUCUGAAUCGUCUUCCUCCUCUCUCUCCUUUGCUCAGGCUCAGCGACUCUCGCGAGAACACGAAGAGCGGAUCGCAGAGUCGAAGCGGCAAGGUCCAUCGACCGACAAGCGCCUUAACAAGAGCCAAACAGACAUCGGUAUCGAGGACAAAGUCCCCACCGCAGCUGGAUAUGGCUCGACACUGCCCCCGGACAAGACCGUCCUCGACUCGGCUGGCAAGUCAGUAGACAGCAAGCCUGCCAAAGUGCCAGAGGAUUACGAGCCUGUCGACUGCCCCUCGCAGUACGUCGAUGGGCAUGAGAAGCGCGGUGCCAUCCAAAACAGCGCCCAUGGAAAUGAUAGGAACGGGCAUGCGGCAACACAAGGAGGUCGAGACGAUGACGAGGGUGCUGAAGCUGGCGAGAGCAAGAGCAGAGGCUUGGGCAAGAAAGUCAAAGACCAGAUCAAGGGUGACGCCAAGGUCGUGAGCGGCGUUGUUCGUCGUGAUGAUGACAAGGUGGCAGCGGGGAAAGCCAUCAAGCGCGGCGAGGCGUAGUGGAGCUAAGCAACACAGCAUGAUACCAGACAGAGC